AUGGCUACUAGCGUCUUCAGUCUCCUUAUAGCAGUGUUCAUGGCCUGCUAUGUCCAGCAAGCUGCUGCUGUCACAUACACCUCGAUGUCUAUCAACGUUCCAGCGUUUGCCAAAGAAUGUCUUUAUUACCGUAUGGACUCUGAAGAGGAUUCUGUGCUUGUGAAUUUCCAAGUGUUGACCGGUGGUAACUUCGAGAUUGAUUUCGAAAUCACCGCGCCAAACGGUGACAAGGUCAUCACCGCUAACGACAAGCGUUAUGCUGAUUAUUUGGUCAGAUCAUUUGGAUUGGGUGAAUACUCUUUUUGUUUUUCUAAUCGUGUUUCUACCGUCACUCCAAAAAAAGUUGAAUUUUCCAUUGAAUUGGAAAGAGACGUUGAUUACUACAACCAACAAGAAACCACCAAAAACAAGGAUGAAAUUAUGAGUGAGCACGCCAUCAGCGAGAUCAGCAGAAACUAUGACCAAAUGAGAAAGAUGCUCGAUUACUUGAGAGCUAGAGAAUGGAGAAACAUGUCCACUGUUAAGUCCACCGAAUCCCGUGUCUACUGGCUUGGUUUGCUUUCGUCCCUCGCUAUGAUUGGGUUGGGGGUUGCUCAAGCAACUCUUGUGCAAUUCAUGUUUUCUGGUCCAAGAAGUUUGGUGUGA